CUUCAAGUCAAACGUCUCAGUUGUAUCAAACGGCACAAGUUGCCAGAAAGGAACUUACUUUUUCUUGAGUUGAUAUUACCUUCUGAAUUGAUUCAUAAUGGAAGGGGGUAAACUUGCAAAAUUGAAAGCAAAACUGGCAAGUAUUUCGAAUGACAUAGACACUGCAGAUUCCUUAACAAGCGCCACGAAAAGAGAUAUUCAGCUUGAAAAUAUGAAACUGGAACUUGCUGAAAAUGAGGUGGCUAGUCUUGAUAGGAGAAGCAAUUUGUUAAAUAAAGAACUAGAAGCUGCCAAAAAACGUCUCGAAACAAUGACAGAAAAACUCGAACAAAUAUCCGAUGGUUCGCGUGAUGUCGAGGGCGUUAGGGAAGAUCUUGAAGAGAACGAAACAACAGGAGACGAGAAAAUCAAGGAACUUGAAGAAAAUACCAAAAAUGCAAAAUUGAGGGUUCGUGAAGCUGAAACAAAAUUAGUUAAAGCUAAGCACAGGUUGUUGGUGGUUGAGAGAGCCAUGGAGCGAAUGGAAGAAAAGGCAGUUGCACGAGAGUCAAAAAUAGAGGUGCUCGAAAAAGAACUUGCUGAUGCAGAGAAGAAUAUUAUAUUAUUAGAAGAACAAGAAAGAUAGCUUGGAAAUAGAAUCGAAAAAUAUUAAGACGAGAAAUCAAACUUCUUAUGGGCCAGGUUGAGAUGCUUUUUAACCACCUUGUUAACGAGCAAAGUAGUGAACUGUUGACAAACUGUAGAAAGCGGGUUGACCGAUUUUGAAAGGAAUUGGAAGUAAUGGAAGAGAAAGACCAGGUUGAAAUGGCUGAGUGGAGACGGACUACACAUUUGUAGAAAUACUUUACAAGGACUGUAAAUAGAAAUACAUUGCCACUUUUUUCUACAAGGCAAUUACAGACGG